AACAAUAUAAAAGCCAGUCGUUUUCCUACUAUCGCCUUCAGAAUCACCUGAUCCUACAUACACAAGUCGCAAACGAUGCAUUUCUCCUCUGCGAUUAUCCUCGCCAUCAUUGCUGGCUUAGUAUCAUCAAGCUUUGCCAUCCCCACUAUUAAUAGUGAUGAAAGUGCCACCGACGAUCUCAGUUGUCCCGACUAUUGCAAGGGAAACUCAGACUGCACAUCUAGGUCGUGCACUGCAUGGCAGACCUUUGGGGGGUGGUGCACCGUGAGCUUUCACAUCGGUGGAGUAUGACCAUUGACACUGACGCGCAAUUUACUAGUGAGUUGAUCGACGACAGUGCGGCAGCCGCAUGCGUCAGAGUCUCGUUCUCCCAGAAGAGUGAACCAGGUACUGGAUUAUGUAAGAGCCUUUAUGUGGCAAACCGUCAAUUCAUUUUGAAACUUCAAUUUGC